AUGACUGAAGCUGCACCGGAAAUGCAAGAAACCAUGAACCAGACGGACGACAGUAAGUCCUCCCUCGAAGAAAUAAAACAUCCUUUAGAACAUACUUGGAGUUUCUGGAUGUUUACUAACGAGAAGCGGACGUGGGAAGACAAUUUAGUGAAAUUGACGACGUUUAGCACCGUCGAAGAUUACUGGUGCUUGUACCACCACAUGAAGGUGCCCUCAGAGCUUGCUUUAGGGCAAGACUAUGCAAUAUUUAAGAAUAACAUCCGUCCGAUGUGGGAAGAUGCCGCUAAUAUAAAAGGUGGAAGAUGGUUAAUCAGUUUUGAUAAGAAAAGAAAUAUAAAUAUGGAUAAUAUUUGGUUAUUCGUGAUACUUCUUUUAAUAGGCGAAAAUUUUGAACACUCCCAUGUAAUUAGUGGAGCAGUUGUGAAUGUUCGAGUGAAAAGUAAAAUAGGUGUUUGGAUAUCGGAUUUACGGAAUAAGGCAGCAAUAAUGGAAAUUGGGCAGAAAUUGAAAGACCAAUUGGGUAUUCACGGCCGAAUAAAUUUCCAUAAACACAACAGCACAGACAAUUUGUACACUAUA